AUGUCAAGCAAGGAACAGAAAGCCAUGAAGAAAAGUGCCAAGCGCCGGAGAGUAGAUAAGACCCUCCCAUCAGAUGACUCCAAGAACCCAGCAGACAAUCCAGCAGUUGGUACCAGUGAGAUGGGCAGCCAUUCCUCAGGAUCAGAAGUGCAAGAGGCCAGGGAGCCUGUUCAGAAGAGGAUGCAGGAUUUCGAAGGUGAUGUUACCAGGUUUCUUGUGGAAAAGAGGAAGCAGUUUGAAAAGGAUGUAAAUGCCUCUUUCAGAAGCCUGAAUGAAAACCUCCAGGGUAUUUGGAAAGCUCAGCAGAAGUCAAGGCAGGAGCUCAAGUCCUUGUACUGUGAAAGGUUUGAGUCCCUGCACCAGAAGUGGUUGGAUGAAGUGGACAGCACAAGGGACCAAGAAGAACACCUCAGUGUGAGUGGUGCUCUCAGCUUGGAACGGAUCCUCUGCUGUGUCAGUUUCCCUAGUGGCAGGGCUUCCUGCAGCAGGUCCGGAGGGAAGGGGCAGGACAUGAGCUCAGGGAGACGACAAGGAGGGUGGUUGAUGUGGUGA